AGAUCACUCUCUUUGGUUCAGUUUCAAUUGCUCGAAUCCCAUCACACACGAGGGCCUUCCCUUCCUUCCAUUCUCCUGUUCGACCUCCGCUCUCUCUCUCUCUCUCUCUCUCUCUCUCUGUCCUUUUUCUUUUCGUUUUCCGUCUCUUUUUUUUUGUUCGCUCACGUCUCUUUUUUUUUGUUCGCUCACCAUUCAUACCAAAGGUUCGAUCACAAAGUCCCAACAGUUUGUGACAGAGUAUGACAACCCCGCGGCAGUACCAGCUCUUGUCGCCGGCAGAGUCUGAAUUCGACGCGUCGGGUUCGGACGACGAGUACGCGGUCGCCCCGAGCCUCCGCACAAGCCUCAUUGCCCCGCUCGUUGCAAGCAGCAAGACUGCUGCGUCGCCUGGAGGCCGGUCGUCCGCAGUCGUAGCCGGCGACGGGGUCAACCCAGAGUCCACCUCCGACAGCAAGGCCCAUCUCGCCGCCCACCAUGGCGACGGUGAUGGCGAUAACGACGGCGCAGACCAGCAGCAGGUCAUCCCGAAUAGACACGCCAAGCUCGUGCUGAUAUCCAUGUCGCUCGUCCAGGUCAUGGCGUGCGCAGUCUAUGCCAUCAUGGCGCCCUUCUUUGAGACGUUCGCCAAGAAGGACAAGGACGUAUCAGAGUCCCUGUCUGGGCUCAUCUUUGCCAUCUUCUCGUUCAGCAUCUUCCUCGUAUCGCCGGCAACAGGCGCCAUCAUGAGCCGCAUUGGCCGCAAGCGCGUCCUGAUCAUUGGCAUGUGCGUGGAAGCGUUCGCCACCGUUGCGUUCGCCUUUGCCGACAAGGCUCCCUCGGGCGUACCGUUCGUGCUGACGUGCUUCUUUUUGCGCGGGCUGGCGGGCGUUGGCAAUGCGCUCGUCUUGACGUCCGCAUUGGCCAUCGCCAUCAUGCACUUUCCGAACAGUCGCGGCAUGAUUAUUGGCAUUGGCGAGCUGUCGCAGGGCGUUGGCCUUCUGUCCAGUCCCCCAAUCGGCGGCUUCCUCUACGACGCAGGAGGGUUUAUGGCCCCGUUUCUCUUUGUCGGCGGCUUACUGCUACUGCUCAUGCCGGUCGUCCUGUGGACGGAAUUGCGCCCGACGACCGAUGCAAGCACGGUGCGGAAUAUCGAAGCCGAGCCGCACACUCUUUCAAAGAAACGACCUCUCCGCUCUGUGCAAGUGGCGGACGGUGCCGGCGCGCCAUCCUCGCAUGAUAAUCUCUUGGACAUUAACUCUUUCUCGGACUUUGACGACGUUCCGAGCAUCGAUAUCAAUUCGCUUGAUGCCGAGAAGCUGCCGCUGCCCCAGCGUCCGGUUCGAUUUGCUCCUGAGCCGACUCUGGGCUCAAUGCUGCGAGUCCCACGCGUGUGGCUUGCAUUGCUGUCGGUUGUGCUGACCAUUUCGGCAGUCACCUUCUUUGACCCGACGCUGGCCGACUACUUUGGCGACAAGAAGCGGUUUGGAUACAGCUCUGGCAUCAUCGGCCUCAUGUUCCUUGCGAUGUCCGGUACCUAUGCCCUGUUCGCUCCCGUGGCGGGCCAUUUUGCCGACAAGAAUGGGCAUUCGCUCAUCAUGAUGGCGCUCGGCUCUUUCGGGGCUGCCAUUUGCUACCUGCUGAUUGGUCCCUCGCCCAUGUUUGAUUCCUUCAUGCCCGUCCCGGUCGAGUGGCUGGAAUGGAUUGCAAUGCUCUUGCUUGGCGCCGCCAUGUCACUCAUCGUUGUGCCCAGCGGGCCUGAAAUGAUUUCAGUGUGCAAAAAGUUUGACCAGGGCGACAAGCUCAGCGAUCUCAUUGCCGGUCUGCUGGCGUCAUCCGGGUCCCUCGGCCAAGCUAUUGGCCCUCUCUGUGGCGGUGCGAUCGCACCCACAUGGGGCUUUCCAUGGGGCACGAGCCUUUUUGGAUUCAUGCUGAUUGGCAUGGGCGCGAUACAGAUGGUCGUACUCGGAGUCACGCGUGGCCUUGAGCGCAAGCGCAAAGCCGAGUCUUCUGAAUACGAGCGACAGCACUUGCUUGCAGAGUAGCGCGACGAUCGCGCCGUCCAUUUUUGAUACCAAUGUCUUAAUUUUGUUAUGUACCAGUUAUUUGUCCCAAACACAUUGUAGUUCUUGAACAAUGUUUAGUGUCUCGA